AUAUGAGUUUAAAAAUAGGCUUAUCCUGUGCCGCUGAUAUCAGUUUCUGCUUACUGAAGUAAACUUGGAAUCCAGCUUGGAAGCCAAAGUAAAUAGAGGUGAAGUUUGCGCGAUUAUUAUAGGAUGACAAACUACUUAACUGCAGGAAUAUAAAUGAUUAUCUAUUUUGUGUGUUUACGGAAGAACACUCGUGUUAAAACAGUAUUUAUAUAACUUAAAGUUUCCUUGUCUAAUAUAAACUUUAUAAUAGCAUUGCAAAUUAAAACUUUCGAUUUCAUUUCCGCACCUCGUACUCAACCUCUGUACUUAACCUCUAUACUCUGCGUGAACACGAGUCGUGAACGAUGAACGGGACGAAUAAUGAUAGCACUUCAAGUGCGAAUCAGUYAAUCGGCAUUGCUUUUACCGUGGCAUUUUCUAUUCAGUUUUUCCUUUCYAUGGUUGGGAACUCUCUUAUCGUAUGGAUUGUGUACAGRGAUAAUCGAUUGAAAACAACCACCAACUUCCUAGUUGCAAACAUGGCUGUCAGCGAUCUAUUCUCAGCAAUAGCGCUGUUCCCACGGCGUAUUGUGGACAUAAACUACAAUCGAUGGCUAGUUGAUGGGGUUAUUGGGAGUGCUUUGUGUAAAUUCCGUAAAUUUACCGUUGAAACGUCAUUUAGCGUUUCUGUGUAUUCCUGUGUCCUUAUAGCAGUUGAUCGAUAUUACGCUGUUGCUCAUCCUAUGAGGAGACCUUUCCAGCCUAAGAUAAAAUACCUAAUCGCUCUUGGAUGGAUAUUGUCGAUACUCUUAAAGUCACCACACUUGUAUUACUUCAGUACGUGGUCGGUGGGUGUAAACACGAAAUGUGGUGUCCCUACAGAGCUCCACGCAUCACAUAAGAAGUACUAUAUCUUUGUAACUUUGUCCAUUGGUUUGCCAGCCCCAGUUAUUACCAUUAUUUACAUCUUAAUCCUUUGGAAAAUUUACAAACAUAAAGUUCCUGGACAGCAGACCAGCGAGGUGAUACGAAAAAGAGAAAAACAGAACCAAAAAGUAUUAAAAAUGUCCAUAACUAUUGUGAUUUUGCUGUAUAUCAGCUUCGGGAUUCGUUUUGUUGUUAAUAUUGUGCUUAGAACAAAACCUAUUGAUUGGUCACAGUUAAAAAUAGAAAUUUGGAAACAUGUUUCUAUCUUCAUGYUGUGUAUGAGCUUAGUUUGUAACUUCUUCAUCUAUUUAAUCUUUAAUAACWUUUAUCGAGAGAACAUUAAAGCCAUUAUAACAAAGUGUUGGCCAGCUUUUCGCUGUAAAGAUGAUGGUAAAACUAAUCCUAGAGUAGCARUCUUGGAAAUGAUAGAAAURCAUGACAAUGUCCACCAUAACGACACUUCAUCCWCGACACGGCGAAUGUAAAGAUUGUUGCUGCUUGUGAAAAGGACAYGGACCAACAAUAUUAACGCCACGACUGAGAACACUAGUCAUUSAAGAAUCCAACAAACAUUCAGUUUAUACUAAACUAUACUAUGUGUACAAUGAAGGACGAUCGUAAUAA